UGACUUCUUGUUUGUCACUUCCUCUUAUCAGAGGAGCUGUAGAUUAUCAGAAACUUCCUGCAGGUCAUCACUUAGCAUAUUUACUGCAGACUGUUUGGAUGCAGAGGACGACACAUCAGACGCUGGUGUAGUGAACUCAUUCAGGUGUUGCAGCUUUCAAAGGUAAAGUUUGUGACAUUAUUUUUUCUUCUAUGUAGAGAAGAUAAAAACUUCCACUUGCAGUUGUCGUGAUAUCACUUAAACAAUGUUUGUAGAUAUUAAAAAACCUUUAACCUGAUCUCUCAAACAACAGGUUUCACUGUGAAGGAUGGAAGAUUUACACAUGAACAACACCUCACAGGAGGAAAGCUUUGAUUACAGCGACAUCACCUACGACUAUGAUCAUAAAGAAAAUGCUGAGUUCAUCAUGAAUGUGGUGGAUUACAUAAUCAUCAGUGUCGGCCUUCCUUUGACCCUCGUGGCCAUCUAUGCUCUUUAUUCUCAGGUGAGAAAUGGUCAAGUUGCUCCGAUCUACGUCAUCAACCUUCUCAUCUCUGACAUCAUUCAGUUCUGCUGCAUGAUCGCUUGGAACGCACCAGCUGAGGUUUUGAAUUCUAAAAUUGUAAACACCAUUUACGACUUCAGUCUGAUGGCCAGUGUUGGCUUCAUGGUGUGUGUCGCCCUGGAAAGGUAUUUGGUCGUCGCCUGGCCACUGUGGUACCGCUUCAGACGAACCAUCAAGACCUCUGUGGUGGUCUGUGUCGUGGUCUGGGUCUUUCCUCUUGUCUUUGUCCUCAUUUUACAUUUCUCCUCUGUCUUUUGGGUCACUAUAACUGUCUAUGUUAUCUUCUAUCUCCUUCCCUUCCCACUGCUCAUAUUCUUCCUGGGUGGGACCCUCAAAGCUCUGUCUGCCAGCACUGUCCCCUCUGAUGAAAAACGAAGAAUUGUGGGAGUUUUGGUUCUGGUGCUGCUUAUUUACACACUGCUGUUCAUGCCCAGUGUCAUCUGGUUACUGUCAGAGGAAGCAAAAAAGAACUUAACCUUUAAAAUCCUGCCUCUCAUCUUUCUCUGGUUGAGUCCUCUUGCAGACUUAUUUCUGUACGUGUUCAUGAGGAAAGGGAUCAUAGACAAGCUUUUGGCCUCUGUGUGUUGUUGCAGAAUGGACAGCAAUGAUAUCAGCAGAUCAUCAGGAAAUGAUGACAACAUUCACACAGUCAGCUCUGUGUAGGCAGAGAAAGAGGGAGAGAGAGAAAGGAGAGAAAACAGAAGGAGAAAUGUAGGCAAAUAGAAAGAAUAGAGACAAGACAGAUACUGUCAUCUACUGAUACGAUUUCCAAUCAGACACCUAACUGUAGAUAAAAGGAAGCAUUGCUUUGACUCUGCUGUGGGAGAACUGGUUGCUGGGAAAUGUUUUGGUCAACUUGUUCUGGUUCACUGUGAAGGCUUCAACACAUGUAAAUAAAAUAUGUUUCUUAUUAUUUUGUCAGCUGUAAGUUGAUGUCUAUCAUUAUUAUCUUUAUGUUUUGAUGAACUGAGCUCAUUAUAGCCACCAAAAUCUUUAUUCUGACUGUUGUCUGUUUCUUUAACAGGGAGAGCAUCUUAACAAGUCUUUAGGACUUUUUUCUUCUUUGGUCUCUCUUUAAAUUUCAUUUCUUGUUCAGUUUUUCUCAGUUAUAUCUAACGUACAUCUAUCCAAAACUGCUUUUGUUUUUGCUGCAUAUUAUUUGUUCAUCUUUAUUUCAUAUUUUUGCUGUUUUAGUGGUUGGCAUGUUAGUUUUUAGGAUGUGACUCAGAGCAUGUAUUUGAACAGUUCUUGUGUGUUUUCAAUAAACACUUUCUACUGAU